AGAGGAGCUGGGCAAGGAGCAAGAUGCAAGUCGUUUUAGUUAAAGCAGCUAGUCAACACAAAUGCGCUUGGGUUUGAAUUGCGCGUGCUUUAUAGACAGUGAUGCCAAGUGUUUAUACUGAGUCUCACACUAUUUCUGUGGAUAGUUUCUUAAAGGAAUCUGAUUGAAUAUUGUUAUUAUUUUUUUGGUAUUUUGCAUAUUGGGAAUUCAAUCAAUUUGAGAAGCUUAAACCAGUACCAAACUGGAGAAUUGUUAAUGGCAAAGGGCAACCCUGAAAGGUCUGCUAAAAAAAUAACUUGAACCGCGUGUCAGAAGUGAAGGGCGUUAGGUGGGUAGAGACGAGCUUGCCUUGAGUUUGAAAUUUUCCACUUUUGUUUUGUUUUGCAUGAAUAGAAAUUGAUCCAUUGAACUUUCUGUGAAAAUCACGGUAAAACUUCAAUUCAGAGAGAUAAUUUUAACUUUAUAAUUAAAAAAAAAAAAAACCCCAAUGUGUUUGAAGAAAAGGUUUGCUGUACAGCCUGGGGAAUCUCUGUAGUCAGGUCUGCUUGCAUCACACGCGGUGUUUGUAACCUGGGAGGUCUGGGAAAGCUGGGAAAGAUUCUUGAGGAGGUUUGGGGAAUGUUUGAGAGACGGAGAUUGGGAUUCAAGAUCAGACGUCGUUCGGACCUGCGGCUGAAUUCGGAGGAGGCAGUCUGUCUGAAGAGUUUCCAUGCCACAGACAUUGAGAGGAACCUGGACCCUGUGCAGGAGUGGGGGGAUGAGUCUGAAGACGGCGUGCUCUACAGCGUCACCUUGAGGAGGGUUCCGGUAGAGCAGUCCCAGGGCAGCUUUGUCCACUACAAAACCAGUAAGGUGCGCAGCGUGAAGGCCGCCACACUGGAAAGGCUGGUGUCCCUCCUACUGGAGCCUGGCACUGACCCCCACUUCACCACCGUCUUCCUGUCAACGUAUCGGGCCUUCACCACCACUCAGCAGCUCCUGGAGAUGCUGCUUGACAGAGCAAGCAGCUUCGACAGAAACAACAACGACGGCACCGCUGACCAGACUGGCUCCGGAGUCUGCAAGAGCAUGCUGUCCGCUCUGCUCAGUCGUUGGCUGGGUGAGUUCAGUGAGGAUUUCCGCACCCCCCCGCAGCAUUCCUGCUUGCAGGCGCUGCGCUCUUACCUGCGCCAGGACCUGCAGCUUCGCUGGCUGUGUCUGCAUACAGAGCAGCUGCUGAGGAGCUUCAGUGCACAAGAGAGUUGCCAUGGAAUCCAGUUCAGCUUCUCUUUGAGCGGGGAGGAAGCUGAGAAUUACAGUUCGGCAGGGAGGUGGGACCUCCUGACUUUCCCUUCCAGGGACGUGGCGGAGCAGCUCACUCGAUUGGACGCUGCUCUGUUUGUCAAGGCGAUCCCGUUCCAGUGUCUGGGCUGCGUCUGGUCGCAGCGAGACAAGAAGGAGAACAAACACCUGGCAGCCACCAUCCGAGCCACCAUCUCCCAGUUCAACAGCGUCACCAACUGCGUGAUCAGCACCCUGCUGAGAGAGCCUGCCCCCCCGGCCGUCCGCGCCAGCGUCAUCGAGAAGUGGAUCCGAGUGGCACAGGAGUGCCGAGCCCUGAAGAACCUCUCCUCUCUCAGAGCCAUCCUCUCUGCAUUACAAUCCAACUCCAUCUUCAGGCUCAAGAAGACCUGGGCUGCAGUGUCCAGGGAGAGCUUGGCGAUCUUCGAGCAGCUGUCGGAAAUGUUCCCGGGUGAAAACUGUCCCGUCAGCGGGCGUGAAAUCGUCCUGCAGAGCCCUGGCUGUGGCGUGGUCCCCUACCUCGGCACCUACCUGACUGCCCUUACCAUGCUGGACUCCGCCCUGCCCGACACUGUGCAGGGUGGGCUUAUCAACUUUGAAAAGCGGCGACGGGAGUGUGAGAUCCUGUCUCAGAUCAAACAGCUGCAGAGGUCCUGCCUGCAAUACAAGCUGAACGAUCACCCAGAGAUCAGCUCCUGGCUGCGCAGUUACAAGAGGCUGUCUGAGCAGGAGAGCUAUGACUUGUCCCGGGAGGUGGAGCCCCCUGUGGACCCCUACCCUGCCUCCACUGGAACCUGGAACCACCGGACCCUGGCCAAGAAGAUGAUCUGGCUGCUGACGGGCUCAGAGGGGUCCGGCUCUAAAUCCAGCCCGGACUUGGUCAGUCUCACCUCCUCGGAGUCCAAUGAAGAUCUCUCCUUACCCAGCUCCCCCAGCAGUGCAAAGCACAUGGUACGACCGUGGGUCCUGUCCAGCUCCUCUCAGGAUGUGCGUGAUGACGUCUUCAGCUCCUCCGAGCCCUCCAGCCCCCUCCCCUUCCCCCACCCACUCCAGCACCGCCGCUCCGCCUCCAUGACCUCACUUCCUGUCUACAACCAGCAGAUCGACGACUCGUGCAUCGUGCGGGUCAGCAUUGAGUCCGGCAAUGGAAACCUUUACAAGAGCAUCCUGGUAGCCCCCCCCAGUCAGGAUAAAACAGUGUCAGUGAUCCAGCGAGCUCUACAGAAACACAACAUGGAGAGCAUGCGCUUCGAGGACUUCCAGCUGAGCCAGGUCCUGCCCGAGGGCAAAGAGCUGAUAAUCCCAGACAAGGCCAAUGUGUUCUACGCCAUGUGCAGCUCGGCCGAUUACAACUUCAUCCUGAAGAGCAGGCAGGGCCACAACAAGUAGAACUGCUGCCCUCUAGCUGUGGGGAGGACAGACAGCGCACGUUUACUAUUUGAAUGUAAAGAACCAGCAAUGACUGCAAACCCAAUCUGCUUUAAUGAAGCUAUUCUAAAUGUGUCUGGCGCCCCCUUGUCUCCUCUGACGGUAUUGUGAGGAUUUUGUUUUGUUCAUGUUUUCUGGGGCGUCACUCUGAUCUAUAGAAGCUGCUUGUCUUUGUAAACCUGUGCUGAGCCCAGCAGGGUCCACGCAAUGCAGCAGGCAGGAUUGUAAAUACAGCACACAGCCCCUAUACUGCCCUAAUAACCUACCCUGACAUAAUGGAGCUCUGACUGAUACUGAGAAAGAGCACCCCCUUCUGAGCCAACGCCACCACAGCACCUGCCUUCCCAGUGGAGGUCCUCUCCCAGUCCGACGAGACUGAUCACUGGUUGACCACUGUCUUCAUUUCCAAGAAUAAGAAAUGCAUUUCUUCAGUGCUUUUCUUAACUGCUGCCGUGCGCUCUGCAGUCACGCGCUCCGCACGCAGUCACACUGGCCCAUCGGCCUGGCUCGGCACUGAUGAAGGCACUCGCUACACCACUGGUCUCCUGGAGGAUAAAGCUUGACAUUGCAGGAAGGAUCACACACUCAGCAGGGGGAGCUGACCGCUAGGCUGUGAGCCCAGCACGAGAGGACAUCGCUGCGUUCAGUGUGAGGCUGCACACGAUUUCAGACCGCCUUCCCCACACCCAGUUCAAUUAGCCUGCAAAAGAAGGCGGGUGGAAACUGAAUCGGUGUGCAUGUUCUCUUGAAAACUGAAGCAAAAACACACCCGAAAGAAAUGUCAUAAUAACGCCCUUAACCCUCUCCUGGCACUUCCUUUGUAGCCUGUUUUGUUGCCGUGGAGACGCCCUGUUUUGCUGCCAUGGAGACAGCCUGUUCUGUUGCCGCGGGCAGCCGUAACCAGGCAGUGGAAACAGGGUGUAAUAGCUCUUAAUGAAGCAGUAAUGAAGGAUAUUUAUUGAAGCUGUGUUUAGUUAAACUUCUACAUGUUUAGUGCAGUGUGCCUUGAAACAUUCUGAUUGAUUUACUAGUCUUUUGUCUGCGAUUUGAAACUCCUGCCAUAUGCGCCACAUACUUUUGUAUAAAACUCUCUUGCUGACAUGUCCAGUCAGCGCCUUCCUGGACUACCCACGCUGGCCCCGUGCCCUAUUGACAAUGCUAUGGCGGGUCAUGAAAUUGUUGGGGCCUGUUAAUAAAGACAUUUGUUCAAUA